UAAGUUGUAACGCUCGGAAACGUUCUAAAGCAGAGAAAGAAGAAAAAAGAAUUCAACUUCUUCGUUAUAGGGGCGAGCUCCGCUAUGUCCUCUCUCUCAGUUCCCGUACUUUCCCUUUGCAUCUGCCCACUCCAAGGAAACCCUAAUCCUGUGCCUGGGGGUGUGAAGAGCUGACCAACCUGCAGCUCACGGGUCCCUUCUCCAGGAACAUUAAAACAGUAUAAAAGAGGGAUAUACAAUGCGACGCUGGCUUUGUUGUUCAUGUAAGGUCGACGAGUCUUAUCAUGGCCAAGAAAAUGAAUACCUGAAAGACCCAACCAAUAAUACAGACGGUGUGAACAGAGGUUCAAAGUACAACGCUCCCAAAAGUGAAGCACCAAAAGCACCUCCACCUAUUGAGGUGCCUCUGUUGUCUUUAGAAGAACUGAAUGAGAAGACUGAUAAUUUUGGGUCAAAAUCUUUAGUAGGUGAAGGAUCAUAUGGAAGAGUGUACUUUGCUGUUUUAGAGGAUGGGAAGCAGGUUGCUGUAAAAAAGCUUGAUUCUUCAUCUGAAGACAACACCUCUGAAUUUUUGACUCAGGUCUCUAUGGUCUCAAGGAUGAAGCAUGAAAAUUUUGUGGAAAUGCUGGGAUACUGUGUUGAUGGGAAUAUGCGUUUGAUGGUCUAUGAGUUUGCAACCAUGGGUUCUUUGCACGAUGUUUUGCAUGGCAGAAAAGGAGUCCAAGGGGCACAACCUGGUCCAGUACUGGACUGGACCCAACGAGUGAGAAUAGCUGUUGAUGCAGCCAAGGGGCUAGAAUAUCUCCAUGAGAAAGUUCAGCCUUCCAUAAUACAUCGUGAUAUCAGAUCAAGUAAUGUCCUCCUUUUUGAGGACUUUAGAGCCAAAAUUGCAGACUUUAACCUUUCAAAUCAGGCUCCUGAUAUGGCAGCUCGUCUUCAUUCUACUCGAGUCUUGGGUACCUUCGGUUAUCAUGCUCCAGAGUAUGCUAUGACUGGUCAGCUAACACAGAAGAGUGAUGUAUAUAGUUUUGGUGUGGUUCUUUUGGAACUUCUGACAGGCAGGAAACCUGUGGAUCAUACAAUGCCUAGAGGGCAGCAAAGUCUUGUUACUUGGGCAACCCCAAGACUGAGCGAGGACAAAGUCAAGCAAUGUGUAGAUCCAAGAUUGAAGGGAGAUUACCCACCGAAAGGGGUUGCCAAGUUGGCAGCUGUUGCAGCUCUGUGCGUUCAGUAUGAAGCUGAGUUUAGACCCAAUAUGGGCAUUGUGGUGAAAGCACUCUCCCCUCUUCUAUAUAAGCAAGCUCCACUGCCUGCGGCUGACCCUUUGACAGAUGCUUGAGGGAUGCAGUGAUCAAUAUGCGUAACUCUAAACUGUCUGUGUUUGUAUGUCAAAUCUCACAAGCAUUCUUGUUAUCACUACCCCUUCUACAAGUUAAAAAAUCUGACCAAAAUCCUAAUAAUCACCUAGGUGACAAGCCUCCGCUCUCUUUGUAUGUUUUGAGGGUACUGUCUAGUUUGUGUCGUUUUUUAGUCAUUUCAUUCAGUUCAUGCAAAUGGGACAUUUCUGUUGUAUAUUUGUUUGAGAAACUUCAGUUCUUUGGUUGUGUGAGAGUGUACCGUAUAAUAUACGAAGAACCAUAGAAGCUUUUGCUAUUCAUUGAUUCUGUUUGUUUCUGCGGGUGGAGCUUUCA